AUGGAAGAUGCUGGGGCCCCCCCGCUCUGCUUCCCCAGCCUGAACUCCUCCUGCAGGCGGCUGCUGCGGCCGCGCUCAGAGACCGCUCUCCUCUACACGCUGCUGGCCUCCGUCUCUCUGCUCACCGUGACCCUCAACCUGCUGGUCAUCAUCUCCAUCUCUCACUUCAGGCAGCUCCACACCCCCACCAACUCCCUGCUCCUGUCCCUGGCCGUGUCCGACCUGGUGGUGGGGCUGCUGGCCAUGCCCGUGGAGGGCCUGCGUCACAUGGAGACGUGUUGGCUGCUGGGGAGGCUGAUGUGCGCUCUGACUCCUUAUCUGUCCUACUGUCUGCUCUCUGCCUCUUUGGGCAACAUGGUGCUCAUCUCUAUAGACCGCUACCUGGCCAUCUGUGACCCGCUGCUCUAUUCCUCCAAGAUCACACUGAACAGGGUGAAAGUGUUAAUCUGUCUGUGCUGGGCCUGCUCUCUUCUCUAUAAUGGUUUGGUUUUGAUGGGACACUUGGCGUGGCCCGACAGAUACAACUCCUGCCACGGGGAGUGCGUGGUGGUCAUUAGCCACAUCUCGGGCACGUUAGAUCUCUUCUUCUCGUUCAUCGGGCCCUGCACCGUCAUGGUGGUCCUGUACAUGCGGGUGUUUGUGGUUGCCGUGUCUCAGGUGCGUGUCAUUCGGCUGCAGACUGUCACUGUAACUCCAACUGCUAAAAAGUCAGAGAGGAAGGCAGCCACCACUCUGGGCAUUGUGAUAGCUGUGUUUCUAAUGUGCUUCUGCCCGUAUUACUAUCCCGCCCUGGCAGGCGUGGACACCUCCACCAGCCUGUCCUACUACGCCGUGUUGUCGUGGAUCAUGCUGAUCAACUCCUGUGUAAAUCCUUUAAUCUACGCCCUGUUCUACCCCUGGUUCAGAAAAGCUAUCAAACUCAUAUUCACCUUCAGAAUACUGCAGGCUCGGUCGCGGGAGCUCAAGGUGCUGUGA